GUCCUACUACAGUGACGCUGAUUAUCCCAUCACAAAAGUCCUGCGAGAGCCUGUGUAUGUUGAGGUGCACAUUAUGGAGAGGACUGACCCCAACAUUGUCCUGAUGCUGGGACGUUGUUGGACUACUUCAAACCCCAGUCCACUCAGUCUCCCCCAGUGGGACCUUCUGAUCGACGGAUGCCCUUACCAGGACGACCGCUAUCUGACCACACUGGUUCCAGUGACUGGAUCGUCUGGUCUUCAGUUCCCAACCCACUACAAGCGCUUUGUUGUGAAGAUGUUCACAUUUGUAGAUCCAGCCUCACUGGCUGCUCUGCAGGAAACCGUCUUCAUCCACUGCAGUACAAGGUGUGCCAUCCAUCAUCUGGCUCUUGUGAGCAAAGCUGCACCAGGAAACGUGAGUUCUUGCUUUCUCUCGACAAGAGGAACUGAGCAUUUUAGAAGUGCGUUCUCACUUCUAACACUUCUCUUUCAGGAAAGAGACACCCGUAUCAAGGCUGUCUCUGGGGAGCAGACUGUGCAUGGAGACACGAAUGACAUGCCCCAAAAUUAA